CAAUGUACUCCGGAUAAUCAAUUGCAUGUGAUCUGUCAAUUUGCCUUUUUCAAGUUAGGAAGAAAGAUAAAAGUAAUUGUAAUUGUUACCCGUCGCUCUGAUCCAAUUUAACAUGUCCGCUCGAAAUCCGGGAAUAGAUUUAGACUUAGAGUGGGUGUCAAAGGUCAAAGUGAACACUCAGGCAGUCCUGAAAAGAGCUCAGCAGAUCCAGGGACGCAAGGUUGGAAAAAAACAAUGGCAGGCGGCUUGGCUGCUUAAGGCAGUCACAUGCAUUGAUCUGACCACCCUUGCUGGUGAUGACACACCAUCUAAUGUCCAUCGACUUUGCCUUAAAGCCACGCAACCCGUUCGACAUGACCUGCUCAAGAGCAUGGACAUGCAUGAUAAAGGUAUCACAACUGCUGCUGUGUGUGUUUACCCAUCACGUGUGGCGGAUGCUGUGAAGUCUCUGAAGGCAGCCAACAGCAGCUUACCAGUUGCUUCAGUGGCCACUGGUUUCCCUGCUGGUCAAACCCCACUGAGGACUCGCUUGGAGGAGGUCCGAAUGGCAGUAGAGGAUGGAGCCACAGAGAUCGACAUCGUCAUCAACCGUACAAUGGCCAUUACAGGACAAUGGGCAGCACUGUAUGACGAGAUAAGACAAUUCAGGGAGGCGUGUGGAGAUGCCCAUAUGAAGACGAUUUUGGCUGUAGGAGAAUUGGGCACAUUCACCAACGUCUACAAGGCCAGCCUGGUGUCCAUGAUGGCAGGAUCUGAUUUCAUCAAAACUUCAACGGGCAAAGAGUCUGUCAAUGCCACCUACCCUGUUGCCAUAGUAAUGGUGAGAGCCAUCCGUGACUAUUAUCUGAGGACAGGUCAUAAGGUGGGGUUUAAGCCUGCAGGAGGCAUUCGCACAGCUCAGGAGUCACUUGUGUGGCUUGCCUUGAUGAAGGAGGAACUCGGGAAUGAAUGGCUCAGCCCUCAUCUCUUCCGUCUGGGAGCUAGCAGCUUGCUUGCAGACAUUGAACGUCAGAUCUACCACUUUGUGACUGGACGUUACGCAGCCUAUCAUGAGUUGCCAAUGGCAUGAAACCAUGGAAACGAUGUUAACAUGACCAGUGGCAGCCUUGACCUGUUCAAACAAACCAAUGACUAGAAGGACGCUGUUUCUGGUUCAGGCUAGCUCAAAUCUUCAGGGAAAACUAAUGCUUUCUGAAAUGACAACUAUGUAUUUUGAAUGUGUACUUACUUCCUUACAUUUCUGUACAUUGUGAGUAUUCAGUGAGCGCAGAGUUCACAAUGCUCAAACUGCUUUUGACUUGACACUGUAAGCUAAUGGUCAUUUAUUCCAAUCAAAUACCAUUACUGACAGAAAGCACUUCAUGCUGUUUAAAACCUUGAGAAAGAAAGCUGCCUGAAAUCAUUGAUUGAAUUGCUGUUGAUGGCUAUGGACAUAAUAUAAAAUGAUUCCCAAAAGUGAAGAAUUUCUUGACAUAAAAGUUUCUGGACUUCAGAAUUGAAUUAUUCUCUAAUAGUAAAACUUGCCAUGUUUGUUUGCAGUGGAAAUACUAAACUAAAGAUUUCUAAGCAUAAAUGAAUAUUAUUGAG